AGAGGGCGCGAUCAGCUAUUCCCGAAAAACGGAGGAGGAUCUGUGGGAACUUUGAGAGCCUUGAACGGCGUUGACCUCUGGUGCCUGCCUGCCUGCCCGCCCCCAUACCUCCACGCCCCCACGCCCUAUGAAUCCAAUCCCCACCCCUACCACCUGACCAGACCUAAAUGAGGGUGGUCAGGGGGUGGUGACACCAUGUCUGCGGCUUUGAACCGAGCCACGCCCCAGCCACCGCGUUCGGCCUCACUCACGCCCAUCGAAUUGCCCGAUUCGGUCACGCCCCUCGCCACCCCUCCACCCAAAGCCCGGUCGCCCAAACGCGGCAGUAACACCACGGUUCUCAACAAGGUGAAGGCCAAAUUAUCGCGCUCUUUGUCGCUGACCGGUUCUUUCAAAGAGAAUCACGCCCCUCAAUCCAGUUCCACCCAACCCACCACGCCCUUAGUGGCCUUACGCUCGCACUCCCACAGUCGAUCCGCCCACCACGACGGGGGCGGGGCCGCUCGAGGCCCGCCCCCUCGUCGUUGCCGCUCGGAAGUGACCAGUCCUAAUACCGCCCAACUUCUAGCUCGUUUUGUGGCUGCCCGCACCCAAAUCACGCCCCUGCAGGACAACGGAGGCGGCGCCCCAGCCGACGCUAAAGCUGCCCGACACUCGGAGAACGGGCCGGCCUCCCAAGGGCGCGCCCUGGUGGUUCCACCUGAGUGCGCUCGUCAGUCCUCCUCGGGCGGGCGUUCAGGCCCCGCGUCCUCGUCAGGGCCCGCCGGUCCCCCGGCCACCGAGGGCAUUCACUCGCCCUUGCCCAAGCAUGCGCUCGGCCAGAGCCGACCGAUUUUAAGUGUAGACAAGGACACGGGCAUCCUGGCCGUCAACCAAAUGUGGGCCUGUCCCUUUUGCGCCUUUGCUUACAACCCGGAUCCGGUUCAAGCCUGCCAGAAUUGCCACUCCUCACGGCGAGCCCGAGUCACCACGCCUACACCCUCGGCCCUGUCCUCGACCCUGUCCUCGACCCUGUCCUCGACCCUGUCCUCGACCCUGUCCUCGACCCUGUCCUCGACCCUGUCCUCGAAUCUGCGGGAUGAUUUUCAGUUCGUGCCCGACGAUCUCCGUUUAGCCUCCACGGCGGAUUCGUCGGCCGUGAAACCGUCCUGGAUUUGCGACUUUUGCACCCUGGAGAAUCCCGGCCCGGCCGUGCAAUGUCUGGCCUGCCGCGUCCAGGCCCCUCAGCCCGCCCAGGGCCCAGGUUGGACGUGCGAGCGGUGCACCUUGCGGAAUCUCGGUCAAUCCGAUCAGUGUAAAGCCUGUGAUAGCCUCAAUCCGAGCUCGCCCGCCGCGCUCAAAGCCGCUCGGCGCGCCCAAGACGUCCAACGAUGUCCGGCCUGCACCUUCGAGAAUAAGAAGCAUCAAACCAUAUGUGAUCUCUGUGGCACGGUUCUCCAGACCUCGUCCGAAACCUCGCCUUCGAUGCGUCAGACCCCGAAGACAUCGACGACCAAGAGCCACCACCAGCAUGAUAACAAUAAUCCGGGGCCGAUCUCCCAGAAACCGCCCAUCACCGAUUAUGAUACUCAACAGUAUGAAACUGCGGAUCGAUCGGACAGCAUCGUGUCCAUGGCCUCAAUCCGACAAGAGAGCGAGCUCAUGGACGAACUCCGUCAAAUCGAAGAGUCGGAGGCUAAGGAGCAAUUGAAUAUCAUCUUGGAUGUCUGUCAGACGACGAAUGACUCAUUUGUGGACGAUUCGUUUCCUCCAGCACCCAAAAGUCUCUUUCACGACACCAAAGAUCCCUCCAAUCAUCAAGUUUCCCGAUGGCUGCGUCCUCAACAGAUUGCUAGUGAUAAUCGUGUCCAAUGGACCCUGUUUCGGACGCCUUUUCCUUCGGACAUUUCCCAGGGCAUUUUGGGAAAUUGCUGGCUUCUGAGCGCCCUCGCUGUUUUGGCCGAACGCGAGGAUUUGGUCCGAAAAGUCAUGGUGUCCAAAGACUUUUGCAAGGCCGGGGCCUACCACAUCCGAUUAUGUAAAGAUGGCCGAUGGAAAACGGUGUUGGUGGACGAUUUGCUGCCGUGCGAUAAACGCGGUCGGCUGGUUUACUCUCAGGCCAAACGUAAUCAGCUCUGGGUGCCUUUGAUUGAGAAGGCAGUGGCCAAAAUUCACGGUUGCUAUGAGGCCUUGGUCUCUGGACGGGCCAUUGAAGGCCUAGCCACACUUACUGGAGCGCCUUGCGAGAGUUUGCCCCUGCAGGCGAGCUCGCUGCAAACUCCGGAGGAGGAACUAGACACGGAUCUCAUUUGGGCUCAACUUUUGUCCUCACGGAACGCAGGAUUCCUGAUGGGAGCCUCAUGUGGAGGAGGCAAUAUGCGAGUCAAUGACGAAGAUUACAAGCAAGUUGGGCUCCGCCCUCGUCACGCCUACUCCGUGUUAGAUGUCCGAGACCUGGCCGGCAUGAAACUCGUCCGCAUGAGAAACCCUUGGGGACACUUCUCUUGGAAUGGAGACUGGUCGGAUAAAUCCGAUCUCUGGACUGCUGAACUGAAGGAGCAACUCAUGGUUCAUGGGGAGGACGACGGCGUGUUCUGGAUGGCCUAUGAGGAUGUGUUACGAUAUUUUGAUUGUAUCGACAUUUGCAAAGUUCGAAAAGACUGGAACGAAAUCCGUGUCAACGGUUGUCUGCCGCCUUUCUCGUCCAAGAAACAUCAAAGUUGUUUCCUCCUCACCGUCCUCGAGCCCACAGAAGUCGAGUUCUCGCUUUUUCAAGAAGGUCAAAGAACAUCGUCUCGGAAUAGCCGUUCUCAGUUGGAUCUGUGUGUGGUGAUUUUCCGAUCUAGCACCACUGGGCCCCCUCAACUGGGCAAAUUGGUCAAAUCAAGCAAGCGACAAGUCCGCGGAUUCGUGGGCACUCAUGUGAUGCUCGAACCAGGAUGCUACCUCGUUGUCAACUUGGCUUUCAACCACUGGCACACGGGUUACAACGACUCAUCCGACUUUCCCAAGUACAUACUAGCCCUUCACAGCUCCAAGAAGCUACUGAUCGAACAACUGAACUCCUCGUUUCAUCUACUCGCAGACUCCAUCAUCAACCUCACCCUCGCCGAAGGACAAAGACACGAAGGUCGUCAAGGUAUGACCGCCUACUACCUCACCAAAGGCUGGGCUGGACUUGUGGUCGUGAUCGAGAAUCGUCACGAAAACCGUUGGGUUCAUGUCAAAUGCGAUUGCAAGGAAAGCUACAACGUAGUCUCUACUCGGGGCGUGCUCUACACGGUAGACUCGGUCCCGCCCCUUCAUAGACAAGUCAUCAAUGUCCUCACUCAAUUGGAAGGCUGUGGUGGCUUUUCCAUUGCCCAUCGACUGACUCAUCGAUUGUCAUCGAGUGCGGGCCUUUCGGAAUGGGGUCCACCCACUUCUCAGCACGAGCCACUCAUUGAUAGUGGAAUUAGUGGGCUGCACGAUCCUCGUCCGGUUUAGUAAAUGGAUUGAUGUGCAAUGUUCUUCUUGUCAAUACUCUAUCAAAAAAAUACUCUUGGCGCAUUAGGAUUCGGUGUUGAAGUGCCGAAGAUGAUGUGAAACCGACCAUUUGUGUUCAAUUUUUAGGUAUCAGAACUUUUUUAUGUCCUUAUUUGCUUCGUUGACAACGUAGCCCAUACAUUAUUGGCAUUCAAAUAGAAAUUACAAACAUUGCACUUGAAUGGUCAUUAAAUGUUUUAUUUCUAAAUUCAAA